AUGGGUCCACAAAUGCUGCCUGAGCAAGACCUAUAUGACUCUUGUCAGAAUGUUGCUCAAAGGGGACAAAUGGCUACUAACAACCUCACCCUAGAGUUGCAUACAUCAAUCACACGCAUUGUGAUGUACCAAGUGUUCAGCACCACUGCCUGGAAUCUAUGGACAAGGUGUUUUGAAUUGAUUAAACUCAAAAGGAAAGACCUUACAAUUGAUCCAUCCAAAGUUAACACAGCCUUUGGGAAGUACCUAUACAAUGAGACACUGUUGAUCAAGGACUCACAUGGUUGCUUUGAAGUCUUCUUGUCAAAUCACAAAGGAUGGCAGCAGAAGGUAGAUAAAGGGCUAAAGGAGGCAGACUUGCACAGUAACCAGUACAAAAUUUAUCCACAGCCAGACAUGCCUGGCUGUGAUUGUUUCUUCUGGAUGCUGCUGUGGCUUGCCCUUCUCAAGCAUAUUCACUACAAUGACAAGCUCAAGCCUGACAACUUCCUCUUCCCUGCAAUUGGCUCUAAUGGCAUUGUCCAUCAUGGUGAACAUAUCUCACAUGACACUGUGCAGGCUUGGGUCAAUGAAGCAACCACCAGUGCAGGUGACAGUUUCACCACCUGCACCUGCCAUUGUGGCAGAGCACAGUGGCACUGGAUGUUGGCUAGGGUAAGAUGGUGGGGAUCAUGGGCAGAAAAUGAGAAUCAUGAUAUACUCAUCCAGUACCUACUCAAUGAGCUCUCAACUUACAAAAACAACCACAGCAAUGCCCUUUGUCCCACACAGAAUGAGGCUGAUGGCUUCUUGCUUGGCAAGCACCAGCUUGUCAAGCCUGCAUGCUCCCAGGAUCUGCAACUCAUGCAGCAGUUCAUCAUAGUGGAUGUCGCAGAUUUGCAAAGUGACAUCUGCUUCCUAACGAACACACUCAUCUCCAGCAAAAAUGGACCACCUAGCUCUACUCUUGUCCACCAGCCACUGCAGCACCCACUCUGCAGUACCUUUCUUCCUUGCAAGUCACCAACACUCAUCCCACAGCAAACAGUCUCUGCUCCAAACAACACUGGCAGCAUGAACUUUGGCUCUCAUCCACUCCCCAAGAAGGGCUUGGACAUUCCAAACCUUCCUAUACAGUGCACUGAUGGGAGCUAUGCUCCAAAGAAGGACUCCUGGAGGUAUAUCAUCCAGCACUGGACAGAAGCUGAUCCUAGACAUGGCCUGCAUGUGGCCCUCCAAGACUGGCCAGCUGUAUGGCUCAAGGGAAAGAACAAAGCCAUCUUCAGUUCAAAGUACCACCAGCAUGCUCUCGUCACACUGGAGUUCCUUGAACAGUGA